AUGGCACCCCACCAUCAGGGCUUGUCCGGCGGCCGAAACGCCUUUGGUUGGACCGCAGUUCGAUGGAUUUUCUUCGUUGUCUUGGUUUUUGGUCUUGGGAAUGCCUUCAACCUUGGUGACAAGCCUUGGAAUACUUGGGUGUGGAAACUGUCGACCAAUCUAGCUGAGAACCUGCGAGACCCACACGGCCAGCCCAAGACAAAAUAUACCCUUCCUGUCAUGGACAACAGCAAGGAAGAUGCCAAUACCCAGCGUCUCUUGUCGAAACGAGCCUCCAUUACCACGGCGUUGCAGCAGGAACCUUACCAUUACGACCUAAUUCUCUACCUGGAGCGUGCUGCGGUGCAUGGAGACCUCAGGUAUCCUGAUCUCGCCGCGGGAGAUGCCUACCGAGCACUGCUGCUCUGCGACGAAUGCACAGAUGAGAGUUUCGAGUACCACGAACAAGCGCUGGAUGCGCUGCGUUCACACUGCAUUUCUGAUGACAAUCGCAACGGCGGACGCUGGCAGAUCCCAGUCAUACUGAUGAAUCAUGGUGAAAGCUAUAUCGACGAACUUUCUUUACCUAGCGGGGUAGAAGCGCUCAGUCUUGAGGCAGGGCAAGAGAAUGGAGGGGCAUAUCUGGACGGCGACGAGGACGAGGAUACCAAAGUACUAAGGAUCGUGCGCAUGGCUUCGCUGCGAUGCUAUCAUGUCCUGGCAAUCAGCUUGAUGGUGUGCGGGAGUUUGAAGAGUGCGUACGAGUUCUGUCUCAGAGGAUUGGCCAUCGAACCCGAAGACGAAGAUCUCCUACAGGCACUGGAAUAUAUACAUUUGAGAGCGAAGCGGCGGCUCGGGGUUGAAGAAUUCGAUAUCACACAGCUGCCGGAUCAGGGCUUGGUUAGACGGGAGGUCUAUCCUUGGAACGAACACGAACCAGAUCGCUUCUCGGCGGAGACUUUGGCUUUCUUAAAUAAGGAAAUGGAGACUAUAGCUCCGAAGUGUGAAGUUAGGGUUACUGAAUUACCGGUGCUUCAUGAGGCGCCCAUCGAGCCGGAUGACUCUGGCAAUAUACCUGAGAUCCGUUCAAACAAGCAGCUUGGUCUCUUUGCGAAAGAAGAUAUUGCACCGGGUGAAGAGCUUCUGGACGAAAUUUCCUUUUUGGCGGCGAACAAUGUGUUUAAAGACUCGUUAUGUGAUGCCUGCAGCUCUGAGCUUCCGCCAUUAGGUGAAGAUUGCCCUGUAGUCGGCUGCCCAGACUGCGAGGAUAUCAUGUUCUGCAACGAGGACUGCUUGUCACGGGCUCUGGAGACCUACCAUCCGGCUGUCUGCGACAAAGAUAUUGACGCCAUAGCAAAGGACGUGGAUCCGAAGGAAAAGCCCUUUGCUUUAUACCUCCUCCUAUUAGGACGAGCGCUCGCUAUGUCCACCACGAUGGAUGUACACCCUCUCGACCUAAAAGAGGUAAAAUAUAUCUGGGGCGACUUCCUCCCGACGGCCUCGAACGCAGCUAUUUUGCCUUCCAAGGCAGGUGCUUCUCCCACUUGGACCCUACCUUUCUCCUUCUCCUCGAACAUUUCCGGGCCUUUACACACUCUAGAGAAAAUGGACAUCGAUGUCUUCUCCUCCAUCGACCAUUAUGAUCUAUGGAUCUUCAACACGCUGUAUGCGAAAUUCAGGGGCACGGCUUCAGCAAGGGUUAAUCACAGGACGGGGCAUCCGGAAGUUGCGGCUGUUCACCCACUCUGGUGUCUUGGGAACCAUGAUUGCGAUCCGAAUGUGAAGUGGGAAUGGGGAGCUCGGAUGCGGUUCUGGUGCCGAGAGACGAGAGUUGGUGGACGGAAAGGAGGGAUAAAAAAAGGCGACGAGAUAUUGAACCAUUAUACCGAUAUUGAUCUCCCCGUGAAGGAGAGGCGAGAGUGGGCUAAGGGUAGUUUAGGGGGUUUUUGUAUGUGUGGGAGAUGUAGAAGAGAGGCUGGGGAAGAUGUAAAUUGCAAUGGAGAUGGCAUAGCGAACGGAGUUUAA